AUCAAGCAACAUAAAACUGACCUAACUUCACUGCUAUCCGGCAUAUGUCAAACAUUUCUUCUCCGCGCUUUCGUGAAACAGUAAAAUUUCAUUAGAAGCUAAAUUAAGCUCGGACAAGCCAAACUCAGCAAGAACACUAAGAGACUAUGUCUUCAAAGCGCAAAUCCGAUAAACCUCUUCCAGCGAAAAGGGGUCGCAAGAAGAAAACUGACGAUGAUUUUGAAUCAGACACAUCCGAUACGAUCGACGAUGAUGUUAAGACUGGUGGUGAUAUUGAAGUGAUCAUCAUGAACGAUGAGGUACCGACAAAACUGCCGGAAGAAUUGUUGAAAACAUACGAUCGUGAUCCCGGUAAACUGAUGGUUGCCGGUAUGGUUACAUGGGAUUUGACUGGACGUCGUGAUCCGAAAGGAAAAGUGACUAAAAUCCGACCGAAUCUUUAUGUGUUCAAUCGAUUCACCGACGAGAAGUAUCGUUUGAUCGUAAGCGGAUGUAGUUCGGCUCAUAGCAUCCUACUCAACAUGGAUCGUAAAGCAAUGAGUUUCGGACGAAAUCAGUUUGGCCAGUUAGGUCAUCCCAAAUUAGAAGUGUAUGAAACACCCACCGUCAUUGCCGAAUUGGAGAACGUCAAUGUUAUUCAGGCAGCUUGUGGACGUAACCACUCACUAUUUCUGACAGAUACUGGCACCGUGUACGCUUGUGGUGAUAACAAAAGUGGUCAAUGUGGCAUCGGUUCAACUACUCCGAUCGUUCAAAAACCGACUCGGAUUAAUUAUCGUGGGCCUCCGAUUAUCAAAGUUGCAUGCGGCGCUGAUUUUUCCGUCAUAUUGGACAUUAAAGGCAAUUUGCAUUCAUUUGGAUUGCCCGAAUACGGUCAGCUGGGUCAUAAUACAGAUGGCAAAUAUUUCGUCAAUUCCAACAAAAUGACAUUCCACUUUGAAACGUCUCCGAAGAAAAUUGUCUUGUACAUUGAAAAGGCAAAGGAUGGUCACAUAACACCCAUCGAGGGAGUUCAGAUUGUAGACUUCAGUUGCGGUAAUAACCACACGGUGGCAAUUGAUUCGAAGAAACGAGCGUACAGCUGGGGAUUCGGCGGCGUUGGCCGCUUGGGUCAUGCCGAACAAAAGGACGAAAUGGUUCCUAGGAUGAUUAAGUUUUUCGACUCGUCAUCGCGUGGCGUCCGUAGCGUUUUCUGCGGUUCUUCGUACAGCAUGGCUAUCAACGAACUUGGCGUUCUGUUUAUGUUCGGACAGAAUAAGAAGACUGGUGAAGCGAAUAUGUAUCCGAAGCCGGUUCAAGAUCUUGCAGGCUGGCAUAUCACUAGCAUUGGUUGUUCGAAUACUUCCAUUAUCAUUUCCGCAGACGAUACUCUUAUUGCUUGGGGCGCAUCUCCAACGUAUGGCGAAUUGGGACUUGGUGAUUUGCUAAAAUCCAGCACCGUUCCGAAAGAAGUGACUCGGUUGACUGGAAUGAAAAUGCCGCAGGUUGCAAUGGGUCUGUCACAUUCACUAGUUUUGGUAAACACCGACGAUGAGGCAACAUUAGCCAAAUAUGAGAAACUACCAGAAUUCGAUGUCGAUGACUAAGAUAAAGAUUCUAGCUGAACAAACAACAACAUCAAAACCGAAAACAAAAUUUCUCUUGUACUUCACAAAAAGCAACCGAUUCAGCUGCAUCAAUGGGAUGUGAUUUUGGUAUACAAGUCGUAUUAGCUAUUAAUUUUUAAGAUACAAGUAUUUAAACAACAAAAAACAAAAUCUAGAGUUAAAAGUCUUACAAUGAAUCUGAGUCUGGCCAAUGCAAGCUCUCAUUUUCACACCUAUCAUUAAAUCCUAAAUUUAAAGAAAAUUAAAACUGAAAGAUGAAACGGUCGGUCUGAUAAUACUUAAAAGCACCAGACACUCAGCUCGAAUUUAUUUAUCUGAAAGCCAAUAGACUUGGUGUUCAAAGCAAAUCAUUUUCGUUUCCAAACUUUUUAAUGUGACAGAAACUCGGCUUUCUUUUUAAACGAACAUUUUUUUUGUCGAUUUUUGGUUUGUAAUUUUCGUACUUUUCAAAAUUGUUUGUCAUUGUGUCUUAUUUGAGAUUUGUAUUUUAGCUUUCAUUUUUAGUGUUCUUUUUCGCUCGAUCGAUUUAAUUUCCUCAGUGUUUUGUUGUAGCCAAUUCGAGAAUAACUCUGUAGAAUUAAGUUCUAACUUACCUUAUAUUUUACAUGUUUUUUAUAUAAAAGAGAAGAAAAUAGAAUAAAUGGAAAUUGUUGUCACAGUGGAAGAUGAUAUCGAACAAAAA